AUGACCGUGGCCUCUAUGGCGGGCUCCACCUUCAAUCCCCCGUUUCCAGACUCAGUUGUGGUCAGAUCCUCCGUCGGGACCUCGACCUUGACUCCGCCGACCAUAAUCUUCUCUACGUUGAGAAAGUAUUUCGAGGGUCGCCAAGUUCCGUUCGUGAUCUUUAUCAACGGA